AUGUCAACAACACAAACUUCCGCAUCUUCUAACAAGUUGGACGACAAACGUUUAUAUAUUGGAAAUUUAGAUUCUUCAAUAAAUGAGCAAGUAUAUACUGUUGUAAAGUUAUUUGAACCUUUUGGAAAAAUAACCCAUCUUGAUUAUCUCUUUCAUAAGAGUGGACCAAAACGCGGUCAACCAAGGGGUUAUUGUUUCUUGGAAUAUAGCAAAAAAGAGGAAGCCUUGAGAGCGAUGACAGCUAUGCAUUCAAAAUUGAUUAAGAACCGAUCCAUGAUAGUGACCUUUGCAUAUGCAGCACCUGAAAAUUAUGAUGGUAAACAAUUGGGUGGUCUCAAGAAACGACCUUCAUCAUCGGUUAAUAGGCCAACGACAAUUUCUUUGUUAAAAGCACAUAAGAUGAUCAAUGCUAGUACUGAUUCAAAGAUACAAGCUUUAGAGAGAAAAUUAGCGCAAAUGAAACAAGAAGAUGUAUCAUCAAAUAUUUCUACAACAAAAUCGUAUUCACAACCUUCAUCUCCACAACCAUCUACUUCAUUUUCAACAGAGAACAUAAAGGUAGAAAGGAACUUAUCAGCACCAACUUCACCAUCAAGAACCACAACUAAGGGUAGAGGGAAGAGAUUCAACCCUUAUGUUAUUCCUAAAAGUGAAAAAUAA